CAUAUAAAAGGAGUCCGGUUGCCGGUGUGAAGCAGAUCAAAACCGAGUGGACGAGAGCUCGCAAUAGUAGAGCGGUUACAUUUCCUGACCGGGUCUCAACGUCAGCUCGCAAGAUGACACUCCGCGUGUCUUUGGUCAUACUCGUCGCGUCGACACUCCUGAGCCUUGCAGCCGCCGGCGGAGGCGGACACGGUGGACAUGAUCACGUGGUUAUUCACGUCCCGUAUAAAAUCAAGACCAUUCAUCAUACGCACACGAUAACGAAACACAUCCACCACGGGGGCGGCGGCGGCGGUGGAGACAAGUACGAGGUCCUCGGAUACACCGUCGGUCACCCGAUCGACCUUGGGGGUCACGGAGGCGGUGGUGGCGGCCACGACUUUGGGGGUGGUGGCCAUGACUUCGGGGGUGGAUUCGGAGGUGGCAGUUUUGGCGGAGGUCAUGACUUCGGCGGAGGCGGCGGCGGUCACGACUUUGGCGGUGGCUGGGGUGGCCAAGAAGAAUACGGCGGCGGCCAUUAACCGAUCGUCGUUGUUUUACGUCGUCGCGCUGCAAGUUUACCUUAUCCUAGAGUAUAUAGAGAAGGUUCUCCAUUACAACGCAGUAACCGUCAACCCUCCAGGAACUGAUCCGUCGCCCCGAGAGAAAACCUCUCCAAUCAUUUUCUUCCCCGAUAUGAUGUCGUCAGGGUAGAUUGCUCUACGCUUUCGGGUACAUCUACAGUCUGAACUACUAUUAACACAUCUAUAACACUACAUUCACCCGCACAACGUAGGUACGUUACACAUGUACGAUCAUGGUGUCCAGUGGUCCUGGAAAUGUCCUUGAAUUUUUCUUGUGUCCUGGAAAUAUUUUACUUUCAAUGUUCCGGAAUUUGUUACGGAUUUCUUACUGGACAACAUGAUAAUGUGAAUACCAUGCCUUACUUUGGUCGUAGAUUUUAAGGUACCUGAAUAUCUAGAUUAGCCACUAUUUCAUCAAUAACUGUAUAGGUCAUGUUAAGUUGAAUCAUAUUUGUUACCUGUAAAUACUUUGUUACUUGUUGUUUUAUAUUUUUAAUAAAAAAAUUUUAUCGAG